AUGCUCCACCUGUACCUGCUGGACCCAAAAUAUGGUGGACAGGUCCGGGACCGCUUGGACUCUGCCCUUGGAUAUGCCAGGAGGCAGCUGGUGACUGCAGGUGAGGUGCAGGACUCUUUGGACAUUGGUCUGACUGAGGUUCCUCCCAUAAGGAAGCCCACCAAAGACAGUACCUGGAAGGAGAGUGCUGUCCUUCAACACCGUCAGCAGCAGAAGACCAAGAUGAGGUACAAUAAAGUUGAGGAUCCUAAAGUGCCCUAUGCCAAACAGAGCCAGUGUCAGCAGGAGCUUGACGAGGUGCUGGAAAGGAUUGUAAAAAUGCCCUUCAGAGAUAACAGGGGCCCCCUGGAGGACCUUUAUUCCCUGCACAUACCCAACUGUGACAAGAGGGGGCAGUACAACCUUAAACAGUGUAAGAUGUCUGUGAAUGGACAUCGUGGUGAAUGCUGGUGUGUGGAUCCACACACAGGAAGACCUAUCCUCAAUUCUCCACUGAUGAGGGGUGAUCCCAACUGCAGCCAGUACCUUGAUGCCCUAGAGAUGGAUCCCUCUGUGGACCCUCAAAACUACUGAUAUUCUGAACCUUCCCAUCCCUCCCCAUCCUGACCUUCAAGCCUACAAUCACCCAUGCCCCUAAAUGAGUCAGUGUUUUACACACUCUAAACAAGCUACCUAUACAACUUGUGUGUUUAUACAUAUUUGUGCUUCUGGGUUUGAGAUGGUUUGAAACAGUAUUGUUAGUUAAAGUACUGAUAACUGAGCUUAUAGUACUCAUUAAAUCCAAGCUAAGUGAUGACAUAUGACCUGAGGACUGAGAUUAGCAGGCUUGUACUACUUCUUUUCUGUAGGAAAAUGUCUAGAAUUGUGAACUUAGCUUUAAUACUUUAACAUACUUCGUAAAUAUCUAGUGCUAAUCGUGAUAUAUAAGUUGUAUUCCUCUCAUGAUGUUACUGGUGCUAUUUGUUUCAAUACACUUCUUUUAUAGGUUGUCUCCUCUCAUAUUGUGCAGGGAAUUCUAUGGUAAUGGAUUUUAUAGGACAGGACAGUGCUCCUUUUGACAUACACUGUAGCACUACAUUGUAAGUGGGUCAGCUAGUGCCUUACCUUAAAUGAUUUACAUAAGUUAUAUUGGGCUGCUUAUGAGGUCUUAAAAUAUUUUAGUUUAAAAGACAAAAAAUAAAUAAAUGAUUUGUGCUAACAAAAGUUGUUUAUUUAGGACUACACAGUCUGUACUAAUGCGGUUGAUGUUUUGUUCCAAUUCCAUGUAACUACUGACAUCUGGUGGUCACACAAAGGAAGAGAAAACAAUUAUAAUACAGCAUAAAACCAUUCACUAUUUUUACUUUAGGACUACACAGUCUGUACUAAUGCGGUUGAUGUUUUGUUCCAAUUCCAUGUAACUACUGACAUCUGGUGGUCACACAAAGGAAGAGAAAACAAUUAUAAUACAGCAUAAAACCAUUCACUAACUAUUUUUACUUAACACUGUGAUUUACUCUGUUAGGUGUCAUUGUCACUUGGUAUUUUGGUUAUGAUUUUUUUAAGUGUACACGAAUAAAGAAGUAUUUCCAGGAA